UCACAGAUGUGCUGUAAAUCAGUGGGAACUGAUCUGUCCAUGCUGGAUAUUGAUGAUUUCAUCACAGAAAUCUGUCAGCUGAAGAAAGAGGUGAAGUUACUGGAGGAAAAGCUGAGGACAAGAGGAGAUGAACUCAACACAGAGAAGUCCAGACACACACAGGACUCAGGGCUCAGCCUCACUUUACUCUGUUAUACUGACACAAACCCCACAGACGCUCAGGACACUGUGUGUGACAGUAAUCACACCUUGAAUCAGGAUGAAUCUACUGAUCAAACCUCCACAGAGUCUCUGGAUUCUGUCUGUAACGCUGGAGAACAGCAGAUCCUGAACACCAGACCACUGAACAUGUGUUCUGUCACACUGAUGGAAAUAAAAACAGAACCCAUAGUAAAGGAAGAACAGACUGAUGAAGAUGAUAAUAAUGUUGAUGGUUUUAUUACUUCAGAUGAGAGCGGUGAUUCAUGUAGAGAUGGAGAAAUGGCCUCUACAUCAAAACAGCGACUGACAGCACAAACUCUUUCCUGCAUCACCUGUGGAAAGACAUUCAGUUCACAGAGACGUUUAGAGACACAUGAGAGAAAACACACAGAACAGAAACUCUUCACCUGCACCAGAUGUGACAUCAGCUUUCCUACCUUACAAGAGAAGAAACUUCAUUCACAAGAGCACAGAGACAAGAAACACUUUCACUGUCAGCAGUGCACGAAGAGUUUUGGCUCGUCUUCGAAUCUAAAGAUUCACAUGAGGACACACACUGGAGAAAAGUCUUUCCACUGCAGUGAAUGUGACAAAUAUUUCACCACCAAAGGAAAUCUUGUUCUUCAUCAGAGAAUUCACACCGGUGAAAAACCAUAUGCUUGUCCUCAGUGUGAUAAGAGAUUCAGCCACAAAUCCCAUUUGAUGAAUCAUGUGCGUGUCCACACCGAUGAGAGACCGUAUGAGUGCAGUGAAUGUGGAAAAACCUUUAAGCAGUCAAGUUCUUUACAGAGACAUGAAAAAACACACACUGGGGAGAAACUCUAUCAGUGUUCAAAAUGUGAUAAACGUUUCCGUGAUAAAGCUAAUCUGAUACGUCAUGAGAGAGUUCACACUGGAGAAAAACCUUAUCACUGCAGUGUUUGUGGGAAGAGUUUUACUCAACAUAAUAACUUACUAGAGCAUCAGAGAAUUCAUACAGGUGAAAGACCUUAUAAAUGUUCUCAGUGUGACAAGACGUUUGCUUAUUCAAAUGUCCUGAGAAUCCAUGAGAGAGUUCACACUGGAGAGAAAACGUAUCACUGCUCCAUCUGUGGAGAGAGAUUUGCUUAUUUAAAAAGUUUGAAGACUCAUCAGAAGAAACAUGCUGAAGAACAAACUGCUCUGGAAUCAUCAUAAUGUUUUCUACUAUUUUAUGUGUAGAGUCUAUAAAAUUACCAUGAAUGUGCCUAAAGGGUUGAUAUGACACGGUUAAAACUAAUAUUAUGGUUUGUUUUAGAUGUAACACGGUGUGUAUACAUGAUUAUAGGUUCAAAAACGCUGUAUUUUCCACAUACUGUGCAUGUUUGUAUCUCCUCUUUGCUCUGCCUCAGAUAAUGUGAGAAUGUCUGUACCAGACGCGAUUUCUUUAAGACUGCAAGGGAAGCUCAGCUUCCCCUAUAAUUGUCAAAAAAUUAAUGGUCAAAUAUAUGAACUAUUAUGUUAACAUUUUAUUGACUAAAAAUGCGUUAAACACGUUCAUCUCGAACAAAAACUAUUUCGUUCAGAAUCAGCUACUUAGGUCGGCUGACUCGAUUUCCUUCUCAUUCAUUUCCGUAGUGUACAGUGCAUUACUCUGUUGAAGCCCAGCGUCCAUUGACUUCAAUGGGGCUGCUUUAAACAGUUUUUUCAGUGCUUAGAAACAAGACGGUCAUUGGAUAAUGCUGCGAUUAUGUCCCGCCCACGGACGCUCAGCGUCUCUGGGAUGAAUGGAGGAGUGGGCUGGCCCGGACUCCGAGCGUCUGCGUGAUGAUUGGAGGGUCUGUCAUCUCUUUUUAAUCCACUUUUAUGUCCUAAAACGCUCGUUUUUUGGGGUCGACAGCUUAUAAAAACGUAUUUCUUGUUUUUUUUUAGCUUGUUUGCUAUACAGAUUGUCACAUAUCAGCUUCUAGACAUUUUUUUUUUAUAAAUCAUAAAUGACAAGGAGGCGGCAGCUUCUCGCAAUGCAAAGAGACGGUUGUGUGGGCGUGGUCUUCAGAUUAUGACGCGUAUCACUCUGUGUCUCCAUUUCCAACUCAGUCCCAUCACGGAUUUUACAUGUGUAGUCGAAAGACAAACUGCUGCAACCUUCAUCGUAUAUUUCACACAAUUUCACACCACAUUCAUUGUUUCAGUUGAACAUAAUUCCCACAUUUCCUCCCGUUGGGUUAAAUAUAUAUAUAUAUAUUAGAUAGUUUGUUCAUUAAUUCAUAUAGUCUGAACUAACCAGCAAACUGCACACGAUGGCAGACAGUGCUAAUAUUGUCGACCUGAUUUUGGCCAAGCCAUUAGAAAGUCUUCCUUACGAGGAGAAACUUUAAAACAAAAAAAUUA